UAAUUUUGAGGCAUCUCCUCGCUCUUCGUUUUCCGCUGUAUUCUUUCGACAUCCUCUGUUCCAAAGCUCGCCAACUUGCUCUGAACGCUGAUACCUCGCUCCUGCCUGCCAGAGAGGCCAAGGACCCUGCAACUGACACGAUGGACGAUAUCACUUUCAUCGACACAGAGCUCGGCAAUGAGUACGGUGCCAGCGAUGCAAUCCUGAAAGCGGUCCUGCCUGACGGUAAAGUCAUCCACAUCUCAAACGCCAUCAGUCCGUUCAAGUUCCUGGAAACAUGCCCACUCUUGUACCACACCUUCGAGUACAACGCGCAGAGCCGAUUGCAAGCAAGCAUUGAAGCUUCCUCAGAGACUGCCGUCAUAUCACUUGCGCGGUAUUGCUACACUGGUAGCUAUCUUGCAGAUGAACCGGACGGAGACAGCAUCCUGCUUUUGCAGCAUGCCGAAACGUACAAAAUUGCCGAGGACUUCGAUGUACCAGAACUAGAGAUAAUGGCACACGGGAAUUUUUCUUGUCAGAUCGAGUUUGCCUGUUGUCUGCCCAAGCACCCAAGAGACCUCCUCGACACGAUCAGGUUCAUCUAUCGACACUUCGCCAGCGAUGAUGCGCGCCGCAAUCACAAUCUUGUGGACACUUUACUCAACUACUGUGUAGCUGUCUACCUAUAUCACAAGCUGGGCGAGAGCCUGGAUUUCUUGACAGCUGUACGUGAGAUUCCAGCCUUCCGACAAGACCUCUGCCGCACAAACAUCACGAGGAAUUUCGAAGACGACUGUGCUGCAGAGAUCAUUCGGCUGCCGUCCAGCCCCAUGGCUCAGUCAAGCAACGCUCCCACGACUCUGGCCUCUCGUGAGCUGCCGAGCGCGAUGUUAUUUAACCUGCCUCGCAACCCUGCCACCACUGACCCGGCAUCAAUCAAGACAUUAUCUAUUGGAUCUACAACAGCCUUUCAACGCGCAAACCCGACCUUCACUGCCAGGCGCGCAGCAUCGGAUAGCCGUCGCAGGAUCCCAGACCGGUCGAAGCACAGUGUGUCGGCUCCUGCAUUGUCCGCGGCGCUAUUGAAGUUUACCAACAUCGAGUCCUCAGAUGAAGACGACACCGAUAGGGUGAUGACCGUAAACGAUGCAUUGCGCAGAUACAAGCGGGCGAGGGUCGACAAGACAAGCGCACGGUUGGAGGGCAGACCCCUUUUGCCUGAAGCAGAUCCAUCUAGUGGGCCUCGUAUUGAAGAAGAGAGGUCUAUACCUCUAAAGGUGGACGACGACUCCAACUGGGAUGGCGCCUUCGGGGAGACGGAAACACAGGUUACCAAGAUUGCCACGGGGGGCACAUCUCAGAGUGCUCGACGAUUGCUCCUCGAGUAUGGACGCCGCAACGCCCGACCCCUACUGGUCACACAGCUGAGCAAAAGUAUGACCGAUAUUUAGACAACGCAGCCGGAAAUGUCAGUGAAGACGAGGGAUUUGCCCUAGUAUACCGUUCUGAGGCAAACAGGAGUAGCAUCCCGCACACUCAGAUGUCAAGCCCUGAACUCGUGCCUGCGGCAUCGAUUGCUCGAACAAUGACCGACGAAAAAGCCAUCAGCGACGACGAGUGGACCUUGCUUUCACACUAAAUUCAUACUUCAAAUAUGGAAUAUGGCGUAAAUUCUGCAUUUGGAGAUAUUUCUAGGGCGUUCAGACGGUAU